CCGGCGCCUCGGCGGAAGAAGGCGGGCUCUCGGCGGGGCCGCGAUGGCUGACGAGGGAGGGCAGCCUCCGCCGAAAGGGCCCUCCUGCCGCGCCGGCCUCCCCGCGCGAUAUUUCUGCACGGCGGGGCGCGGGAUGGAGCCUUUCCUGCUGAGGGAGGUGCGGACUCGGCUGGACGCCGCGCAGGUGGAAUAUGUAUCGGGAAAAGUCUUCUUCACCACCAGUGCAGAGCUGAGUAUGCUGAAGGAGCUGAAGUCUGCGGAGCGGUUGUUUUUGCUGCUGAAUAAAUAUCCUCCACUUUCCAUCUCUAGAAAUAAAGGCAGAGUAAUUCAUGACAUUCAAACACUUGUAAACGAGACUCCCAGGCAUUGGCUAGAUAUGGUUACUCUUUGGAGAAGUCUUCAUUGCCAGGAGGUGAAAGAAGAAAACAGGUGUGAGGAAUGUCCAGACUCCCAGAAACGGAAACUGGAAGAGGAGGGCAGCAUCCAAAAUAAAAAACAGAAGAGAGAACUAAUAUUGGAGACCGUUUCUGAUGAAACUCAAAUAGAAAACCAACAGAGCUGUAACACCUCUGAGGUUCGCUUGUCUUCGCGCAGAUCAUUUCUGGAAAAGACUCCUGAACUUAUUCAAGAGAAAUCUGGCGUGAGCAGCAGUUGCUUCAGCUUCAGAGUGUCCUGCCGCUGUAGUGGAGCCCUUGCAAAAAUAUUUACUGCUCAGGAGAUGGGGAGGAUAAUUGGAACAGCUCUUAUGAAGAGUUUUGGAUGGAAAGCAGAUUUGAGAAAUCCUGACAUAGAGAUCUUUGUGCAUCUAAAUGACAUUUACUCUGUGAUUGGGAUCCCUGUUUUCAGACUUCCCUUGGCAAGCAGAUCAUAUAUCAAAACAGCUGGGUUGCGAUCUACCAUUGCUUGGGCUAUGGCAUCCCUUGCUGAAAUCAAGGCUGGUGCAUUUGUACUGGAUCCUACAUGUGGGCUAGGAACAAUACUCCUAGAAGCAGCAACCGAAUGGCCUAAUGUGCAUUAUUUAGGGACUGACAUAAGUGAUUCACAAUUAGAAGGAGCCUACACUAAUAUUAAAGCUGCAGGCCUAGUGGAUAAAAUCGGGUUACUGAAAGCUUCUGUGACAGCGCUGCCAUUUCAGUCGGAAAGCAUUGAUGUUGUUCUUGCGGACAUCCCCUUUGGAAAGAAGUUCAAAAUAACAAAAGACAUGACCUUACUGCCAGACGUUUUUCAAGAAAUCGAAAGGGUGCUUUGUAGUGGAGGGAUUGUUGUGCUGCUGCUUAGUCAAGAGCUGUACAAGCGCCUCUCUAGUGACAUUGCCAGCAGUCUAGGUACUGAGAACUGCAUCCCUGCCGAGUCUAUGAGUCCUUGCAAACAAAGUGCCAUGAUGUCAGUCAACAACACCAAAGGAAACAGCAUUGGCCCCACAACUGUUCCCCUAUCAACUCAAGUGGCAGAGAGAGAAGACACCAGUGAUAAAAGGAUGACUUUUGGCUCACUGGUGCUGGUGGAAUCCUUGGAAGUUAGCCUUGGCAAAACAGAUGCAUUCAUAUGCAAGUAUAAGAAGGUAACAGGAGGUUUUGCAAGAAGUUAGCAGCAUUCAGCAAAUGUGCAUGAAGCAGUUUGGAGCUUCUGCUUCGAACCAUAUGGAUCUGGAUCAGCUGAGCUUUGGUGAGCCCAGAGCUCAGCCAACAGAAUUGCCUUAGCUUCCAUACCUCCAGUGGGCCCCAAAGGUAUGUAGCAAGGGUCUCUAAAUGUGAAGGCCUUUGGCCAAAUCUAGGCCUUUAAGGGAUGCUUAAUUCCUUUUCCAAUCCAGAUGGAAAAGAGAUCUGGAGAAGGUGUGGUUAGUGUAAACGGCUUGCUGGCAGGCAGCUUUAUUAGGGAUGUGGUGCAGGUUCAUCCCUAACCUUCUCAAAGCAGCCUUCUAAGCAAGCAAGUUGCCGACCAGGAGCUGAUAUAGCAUGCCAGAUAAAGGAAUUGGUGGCAGUCCUUGUUGCUUACAUGGGACCAUUUUGGCAGAAUAGGGUGGGGAUCAAGGCAGGCUGUGGCAUUGUGGGCAGAAAGGGGCACGGUACCCUAUUUUGUGUGCUGCAGUACUGACGCAGUA